AAAAACGAAAUGAAAGCUCUAGUAUAAAAUGUGAUGUGGUUAGAGUGGUUUUUAGUUUUUGAUUAUUAUAAUAUUUGGUACCAAAAGAAGUCUUCAACCGGAGAGGGAGAGAGCUUUUUUCUCUAGAAUCCUAAGCUAGCUCUUUGGUAAUUAGUAUCAUUCUUGUAUAUAGUGCUAUAUAGAUUUAUAUGCUGGGAUUUAGGUUGUUCGAUGUUCAGGGGUUCAAUACUAGUAUUCCUUUCAAUAAUCAUGUAUAUACAUGCUCUUUAGUGCAUCACAUAUUUUUAAGAUAGAUGUUUUUCAACAUUAAGGAGAUAAAAAUUAUGUUGAUACUUUUUCUUUUUCAAUAUAUCCAAUAGAGAUAUUGUAGGUAAAGAAAAAGAAUUUGUAGUUAAACAUAUAAAUAUGACAGCCUUGCUUUGUACAAAGAUGAGGUCUCCAAGAAGAAAAAAAGGUGGACUGUUAAGAAACAAUCUUUCAAACAGACACACACUUUGAUAGGUAAUUACCAAUCUUUCUAAUAAUUAUUUUAGGAAGUCAGCAUAAAUUAAAUAUAAUGCUUACAAGCUUUUUUUCAGUGUGUGAGUAUAUAUAUUGCAGCUAUACAGUUUAUUCAUUUGUCAUACAAAUAAAUCAGUAGACAAGUUUCUAUAUGCGCAGAGUGGGUGUUUAAAAAGAAAACAAAAGCUAGAAUAGCUUUAGAUCAAAUUAAAAAGAAAACAAAAGCUAGAAUAGCUUUAGAUCAAACUUUAUCGGUGCUUCAACUGAAUAAUUUUGUCCUCUACUCUCUAUCUAUUAAAGAUGCUUAAAUAUUCAUUUCUUCAUCUUGAACUCUCUCUUGUCCUUGUCAUUGUCGUUUCCUCAAGCAGUCAUGCAGCCAUCACUAGGCCUCAUAGGUUGGUCACUAAACUCAUACACCGUGAUUCGGUCCUCUCCCCGUACUACAACCCUAAUGCCACCACCUUGGACCUUGCUAGAUGGGCUACAGAAAGCUCGGUGGCACGCUCUGCUUACUUGAGGGCAAGGACAGCGAGCUCUUUAUACUCCACGGUUGAUGUCCGAGGUGGUGUUAUUCCUAUUGUUACUGGCAUUAUAUUUCUUGUGAAUUUCUCUAUUGGAGAGCCGCCAGUUUCACAACUCGCGGCAAUGGACACCGGAAGCAUCCUAUUAUGGAUUCAAUGCCUCCCUUGCACAAAAUGUUUUGACCAAUUAGGCCCCAUAUUUGAUCCCUCCAAGUCAUCCACGUAUGACGAGUUAUCUUGUGCUUCUCCUUAUUGUGAUUUUCCAUUUAGAUGUGAUAAAUCUCGAAGUUGCAGGUAUGGUGAGAACUACUAUGACAAUACUUCCACAAAUGGAGGCCUUGCCCUUGAAAAGCUCACAUUCUUGACAUCUGAUGAAUCCACAACUAGUGUCCAGAGCAUAGUGUUUGGUUGUGGACACAUUAAUGAGAACAAAAUAGGCAAAUUUAGUGGGGUUUUGGGACUCGGCAAUCACGUUGUAUCUUUGCCUUCACAAUUAGGUUCUGUAUUUUCUUAUUGCAUUGGCAAUAUAAACGAUCCUUACUAUACUCAUAACCAGCUAAUUAUAGGAAACGGGGCUAGGAUUGAAGGCUAUUCAACUCCAAUGACAAUCUAUAGAGGAUUGUACUAUCUAACCUUAGAAGGCAUAAGUGUGGGACAGAAACGGCUUGACAUUGACCCAGAAACUUUCAAACGAAAUCCAUUGGGCAGAGGUGGUGUGAUCAUUGACUCAGGCAUGACAGAUACUCUUCUAGUAAGACCUGGGUUCGAACCGCUUAAAGCCGAGGUGCAAGCAGUGAUAGGUGGAUUGUUGAGACGGGUGGUGAUUACUAUGAAACCUAAUCUCCUAUGCUACAGGGGGGUCGUGAGCGAAGACCUUAAAGGGUUCCCAGUAGUGACAUUUCACUUUGCUGGAGGGGCUGACUUAGUGUUAGACAUAGACAACAUGUUUCAACAGCACGGCCCUAAUGCAUUUUGCAUGGCUGUGUUUGUGUCUGAUGAUGAGGAUCGGCCUAGUGCAAUUGGGAUUAUGGCUCAACAAUAUUACAACAUUGGCUAUGACCUAUCCGGCAAGAAACUUUAUUUCCAGAGAAUUGAUUGUGAACUACUUGAGGACUGAUCAACUCCUAUGAUUUGUAGUGAGGACUUUAGUGCGAUUAAUGCUAUUUUUGCUUUCCUGUUUUUUUUUUUUUUUGCCUCCUGUACUCCUUGUUAAGCACUUUUAAGAUUCAUAAAUUUAUUAGUAAUCUUUGAUUACUUUAUUAUCCUCGUAUCAUGUAUAUAUUAAUAUAACAAAAAAAAUAUUUGACUAAAGUACUUGUAGCGGAAUGUUACAGAUUCAGCUACAGAAUUCAAGUUAUGCCUUAGGCAGCUUGGCUAUUUUCAUUCUUUCGGAUAUGUGUUUCGGGCCUUUGGCCUAUUUUCUU